AUGGGCGCCUGCAGCUCAUCGUGCUGCGGGGGGAAAUCCCGCGAUGGUCUGUACGAGCCGGUUCUCGCUGACAGCGAGCGGGAGGCCGUGGCCGACCUGCUCCAGUAUCUCGAAAACCGUGGCGAAACCGACUUCUUCUCUGGCGAACCGCUACGAGCUCUGAGCACACUAGUGUUCUCUGAUAAUAUCGAUUUACAGCGAAGCGCUAGUUUGACCUUCGCCGAGAUCACGGAGAGAGAUGUUCGCGAGGUCGAUCGAGACACGCUGGAGCCCAUUUUGUUCCUCCUUCAAAGCCCGGACAUAGAGGUUCAAAGGGCGGCGAGUGCGGCUCUAGGAAACCUCGCUGUCAAUACGGAAAAUAAGGUCCUGAUUGUGCAGCUUGGAGGACUCACCCCGCUUAUACGUCAAAUGCUCUCACCUAAUGUCGAAGUGCAAUGCAACGCGGUGGGAUGCAUUACGAAUCUUGCAACACACGAGGAGAACAAGGCCAAAAUCGCCAGGUCAGGAGCGUUGGGGCCCUUAACACGACUCGCCAAGUCAAGGGACAUGAGGGUUCAGAGGAAUGCAACUGGGGCUCUGCUGAACAUGACACACUCUGACGAAAACCGGCAGCAGCUAGUCAACGCCGGCGCGAUCCCAGUUUUGGUGCAGCUGUUGUCCUCCUCAGAUGUUGACGUUCAGUAUUACUGCACAACAGCGCUGAGCAACAUCGCUGUUGAUUCCAAUAACCGCAGAAAGCUUGCACAGACGGAGCCGAAAUUGGUCCAGUCCCUCGUCAACCUUAUGGACUCAUCCUCCCCCAAAGUCCAGUGCCAGGCUGCACUGGCGCUGCGAAACUUGGCUUCUGAUGAGAAAUACCAGCUAGAUAUUGUCCGGGCGCAAGGCCUUCACCCGCUCCUCCGCCUCCUCCAGUCCUCAUAUCUUCCUCUGAUUCUUUCUGCUGUUGCUUGCAUACGAAACAUAUCUAUUCACCCGAUGAACGAGUCUCCCAUCAUCGAGGCGGGCUUCUUGAAGCCCUUGGUCGACCUUCUGGGAUCCACUGAUAACGAGGAAAUUCAAUGCCACGCGAUCUCGACACUUAGGAAUCUGGCGGCUAGCUCAGACCGAAACAAGGCUCUUGUUCUCGAAGCAGGUGCGGUUCAGAAGUGCAAGCAGCUUGUUCUCGAUGUGCCAGUCACCGUGCAGUCCGAAAUGACGGCAGCUAUCGCAGUACUGGCACUAAGCGACGAGCUGAAGACUCAUCUGCUAGAUCUCGGCGUUUUUGACGUUUUAAUCCCCCUUACUCAGUCGCCAAGCAUUGAAGUCCAGGGCAAUAGUGCUGCCGCUUUGGGCAAUUUGUCGUCAAAAGUAGGAGAUUACUCGAUCUUCAUCCAGGAUUGGACAGAGCCAAGCGGAGGCAUACAUGGCUAUCUAAGCAGAUUCCUCGCCAGUGGGGACGCUACCUUCCAACACAUCGCAAUUUGGACGCUACUGCAACUCCUGGAGUCGGAGGAUAAGAAACUCAUCGGCUUGAUCGGCAAGUCUGAUGAUGUUGUUGACAUGAUUAAACAGAUUGCCAACCGUCAGAUCGAGUCAGACAACGAAUUCGACGAUGAUGACGAAGGCGAGGUCGUCAAUCUUGCUCAGCGUUGUCUCGAAUUGCUUGGACAGAGCGCCUCGAAAGCACACAUCGAAGGCUAA